AUGGACGUUUUCAAAAUCGACCAAUCGCUGAACAGCAACCUGGGCCGCGCCCCCUCCCCCGACAAAACCAACCCCCCCGAAAUAACGUUCGAGGCCGGCUCCGAGUUCAAUCUGUGCUUCUUCGAUACCACCCCUGAGGACACGAGGGGCGGCUUCAGCGACCCCAGCUCGGUGGGGUCGACGACCGAGGGGGGGUCGCCGCCCCCUCAGCUGAUACUGCCCCAGAUAGGGGGCACGCCUGCAUCCAAAUCUGAAGACCCGUAG